UUGUUUUCAUUACUUUGUUCGCCAAGUGUAUUGUAAUCAGUCACCCUAUGAGACAGAAUUGCGCAACCCCAUCUAGAGUUUGUUAAUCAAGUUUUGAUCAUCGAAGACAAUAGAAAGGAGGAUCACCUUCGAUUGGAAUUCGCCUAAGUUACUACACACAAGUUCUUUACAGUAAUUACAGUGAAACUCCAGACAUACUGACAGUGUUGCUGAGGAGCAUGGCUAAGCGUGUUGCUGUGAUUGGAGCAGGCAAUGCUGGACUGGUCUCCAUCAAAUGUUGCUUGGAUGAAGGUCUGGAGCCGGUGUGUUUUGAAAGCAGUGAUGAUAUCGGUGGACUCUGGAGAUUUAAGGAGACACAUGAGGCAGAACGCACCAGCAUUUAUCGUUCUCUAGUAGCGAACACCUCUAAAGAGAUGAUGUGCUUCAGUGAUUUCCCUAUGCCGGAUCAUUUCCCAAACUACACGCACAACUCGCUGGUCGUGCAGUACUUAAGACUCUACGCUGAACACUUCGGCCUGCUCAAACAUAUUCAUUUAAAGACUACAGUAAGCAGUGUGAGACAGAGGCCGGAUUUCUCUACCUCUGGUCAGUGGGAUGUGGUGAUCGUGAACAUAGAUGGACGAGAGGAGAAACACGUGUUUGAUGGUGUUCUAGUGUGUACAGGACAAUACACACAACUUAACAAACCCCUCUCUGCCUUUAAAGGUGUUGAUACAUUCCCAGGAACAAUUCUCCACAGCUGGGAUUAUAGGGAUCCUAAACUUUACCGUGGCAAGAGAGUUGUGAUUGUUGGGAUUGGAAAUUCAGGGGUAGACAUUGCUGUGGAGCUCAGCAGAGUUUGUGAGAAGGUGUUUCUGAGUACCCGUACAGGGGCGUGGGUCAUAGGUCGCAUGUCAAAUAGAGGGCACCCUAUGGAUUUGGUGCUGGUUAAGCGACACUUGGAUCUGAUGGUUCGCCUUCUGCCUCAAAGUUUGCUGAACUGGAUUGGAGAGAGAAUGCUCAAUCAGAUACAUGACCACAAGCUUUAUGGACUACAGCCUAAACACAGAUUUUUUGACCAGCGUCCCAUUGUCAGCGAUGAGCUCCCUGGUCGCAUUUUGACGGGAGCCCUGGUGAUGAAACCAAAUCUGCAAAAAAUUCAAGACUCAACAGUCGUAUUCGAUGAUGGGACGGCUGAAGAGAAGAUCGAUGCUGUGAUCUUGUGUACAGGAUAUAAUUACUCAUUCCCCUUCCUCCCCACCUCCUUAAACUCUGGUCCUGAUGGAGAACUGACACUCUACAAAAAAAUCUUUCCCCCAUCUCUAGAGCGUCCGACACUGGCCAUCAUGGGUCUUUUCCAGUCCAAAGGGCCGAUCAUGCCAGCAGUAGAACUGCAGGCACGCUGGGCCACCCGGGUCAUCGCAGGGUUAAACCAUCUUCCUUCAAACCGAAAAAUGCAUGAAAUUAUUAAAAAGGAACGCAAAGCAAAUUUAAAAUGUCACGCUUGUCCCAAGGAGGCUGUCCUUCAAGUGAAUUAUAUUCCUUACCUAGAUACCAUGGCAAAGGAAGUGGGUGUCCGGCCCAACAUUGUUUGGUUACUUCUCAGUGACCCUGCUUUGGGUUUGAGGGUUCUUUUUGGUCCCUUUACGCCCUACCAGUUUCGUCUACGUGGACCAGGACAUUGGAGUGGUGCUCGUCAGGCUAUCCUUACGGUAUGGGAGCGUGUGGCCAAACCCAUGAAGACACGCCCCAUUCCAGACCCAAAAUCUAGCAGUUUGUUAUAUUGGAUGGGGCUUGCAGGAGGUGCUGCAGUAAUUGUGAUCAUUAUGGUAAAACAAAAGAAGAUUCCACUUUUUCUGAGAAUCAAUUACAUUGAGACAGCCUUAUUUGGACAAAAGUAAGAGUUUAGGGUAACACUUUACAAUAAACAAUAAUGUAUUAGUAAACAUGGACAAAGAUUAUUAAAUGCUGUAGAAGUAUUGUUUAUUGUUGGUUCAUGUUAGCUAAUGCAUUAACUAAUUGUUAAAGGGGACAGAGAAUGAAAAACCAUUUUUACCUUGUCUUUGUUGAAUAAUGGUAGUCUACCCGCAUUCACGAACAUACAAAAAGUGCUAGACAUGCUAAACAUCUCAGUCUCAUAGAAAUUCCUCUUUUAGAAAUGUCAGCCAGAAAACGGCCCAAUCUGAAAAACUGAUGCUUAUGACAUCACAGGCACCUCACUGCCCCUCCACUUUAAAAUAAUUGGCUACAUUUUUUGAGUGGCAGCAAAGUCAGCCAAUCAGUAAUGAGAUUGCAAGUUAAGCCAGUAGGGGGAGCCAAAUAGGUGCAAAACCACUUGUUUAAAAUCCCCCACCCUAAUAGAGCUAUCAGAGAGAGGUUUUUAGGAAGCUUCUAAGGCAUUACAGACCCAAACAAAAAUUUUUUGUCUACAUGUCACAUCACAGAACAAGGAUAAAUACCCCGUUCAAUCAUUCUAUGUCACCUUUAAGAAAUACUACCUUAUUGUAAAGUGUUACCGAGUUUAGGUUUAAUUAAUGUACUAUUGAACCAUAGAUCUGUCUGUGUAUCAGCACAUGUACUUUGAGUUUUUAAAACUGAUUAAAAUCAUCCUAGUAAACAUUUAAUGACAUUUGUUCUCCCCAAUACAAAAAAAGAUGAUAUGAAGAUUUUUUGAGGUUUUAUCCUUACAUUGAAAUGGUUACC